AUGGCGAGACUCACGAUCCUAGUAGCCCUACUUGCUGCUUUUGUCUUGGUUGCACACACUUGCUCUGCCUCCAGAGAGGGGGGGAAAGAGAGUUGCAAGAAGCAAAUCCAGAGGCUGAACCUGAAGCACUGUGAGAAGCACAUAAUGGAGAGGAUUGGGCACGAGGAGGAAGAAGAGGAGGACGAGGAUGUUCUAUUAACCUUGCGCGGGGGAAUUAGUUACUUAAGGCGUGGUGAUCGGAAGCAAAAGAAGUGCUGCGAAGAGCUUAAUGAAUUGGAGAGUUCGAAAUGCCAGUGCAGAGCAUUGCAGAAGAUAUUGGAUAGGCAAAGUGAGAAACUGCAGAUGAAGGAGGUGCCACAAUUCGAGAGAGAGCUCAUGAACUUGCCUAUGAGGUGUGGCUUAGGACCCAUGCCCCACUGCGAGUUGCGUUGGGAGGACUAA